GAGGGAGGAUGCUGCCAGCGGAAAAUGGCUGCUGCAACCUCAAGCCUAUCCUGAUACCGAGACGACAUCAAGGUGGAGGAAGAGGAAGGAGAGAGGAAGAUUGAGGCAAAAGAGAGCAGAUGGAGGGAGAAUGUGAGCGAGCCUGAGCGUUUCAUGAAAGGAGGAGAGUAAAAAAGAGGAGAGAGGAGAGGAGACCCUGGGGGUGGGCUGCUGCAAGCGGCGGGCAACACCGAGCCAUGGAGGGCGAUGUGCGUGUUCGUGCCGUGGUGAUGACGCGUGAUGACUCCAGUGGCGGUUGGGUGCCCCUUGGAGGCGGCGGCCUCAGUCACGUGGUCAUAUGCAAGGGGCGGAGCCACGAUGGAAAGGGGCGGAGAGAAUACAUCGUACGAGGAGAGCGGCUGCGAGAUCGAGCACCGGUGCUGGAGUGUGUGGUGCAGAAGGGAUUAGUGUACAACAAGGUGAAUCCCAUCUUCCAUCACUGGAGAGUAGAAGAUCGAAAGUUUGGCCUUACAUUCCAGAGUCCUGCCGACGCCAUCUCCUUUGAAAAAGGGCUACAGACUGUCAUAGACAAGCUCGACAGAGGCUCUGAUUCCCCGUCAUCCUCCACGCCAGAAGAAGCAGACACUGAGGACGAUGGACAAGCUUCUCAUACAGGAAGUGAGUCAUCGUCCAACAGCAGAAAGGAGAUGCUUCCCAAACCCAUCACCAUAGUGACAAGCGAGUCCUCAUCUACCUGUUUUGCGCGGCCCGAAGAGUUCAGCUUUGGAUCCAGCCAUGGCGUCACGACUCACACACCUGCUCAGAUCCACACAAGGCCCGGACAGCACCCACUCUCACAAAUGACGACUGUGUUGAACCCCCCAGCACCCCCGCCCCCCCCUCCUGCUCCGCCGACUCCUCCCGUGGGUCCCCCGGCCUCGUCUCCUCGGUCCCCCCUGUCCCCCCUGUCCCCCACCAUUUCGCUGCUGGAGGAAGGAGACCUUCGCAGCGUGGACCCCUGUAAAGAUCUGUGGGGUUCUCGGGGUUAUGAGGAUUACAGACGAGCGGGGGCCACGAGGACUAUGGUUGGGGGUCUGACAGGGGGAGUGGUUGUUGGUGGUGGGGGCAGCCUGCAGGACAAGUCGGAGCUGUGUGUGGUCCGCUUCGAGAAGGAGCUGGCCGGGGUGGGGACGGCUGGCUGUGAGGUGACCGUGAGCCUGGACAGCAAAGCCUCCCAGCGCCUGUCCUCGUCCUCCCCCACCUGUAUGUCCAUGCCCAACGCCGUGUCAGGAGUGUCCUCAGGUGCCGGCUCGCCUCAGGAGACGGGCAAAGGCUCGCCCUCUCCCUGCUGCAUCCACACCUCGCUGGCCGCGUCCCGGUCGCGGACUCGUAAGCGAGGAGGGGGGGCCAGCGGCGGCGGCGACCCCGGGGUCAUCUCGCCCGACGACGACAGCCCCUGCCCCCAGGGGUCGUCGUCGUGCUCGUCACGCUGCGUGUACUGCCGCUCCGUCUUCAGCGCUUCGGAAAACGGGCGGGGCCGCUGCAGAGACGCCCCGGACCCGGCCCUGCACUGCCUGCGCCAGUGGACCUGUGUGUGGUGCGCAGAGAGCCUGCUCUACCACUGCAUGUCGGACUCUGAGGGGGAGUUCUGGGAGCCUUGUUCGUGCGAUGACUCUUUGGGGGGCCACCCGCACCCCCUGUGCUGCGCCCGCUGGUUGGCCCUCCUGGCCCUGUCGCUCUUCGUGCCCUGCAUGUGCUGCUACCUGCCUCUGCGCGCCUGCCUGCGGUGCGGGGAGAGGUGUGGCUGCUGCGGAGGGAAGCACAAGGCGGUCCGAUGA